UUUAGUAAAUAAAGAAAAAAACAACCCUAACGGUUAUAACUGUUUUUCCAUGCUUCUCCCUCGCAAUUCUAAGGCUCACAAAAGAAACAUAACAUGAAGAAGAAGAAGAAAUGAAGGCAAGUAACCGAAAAACAUGCAAAAUCGACAAAUCCCCACACACACAAAAAAAAAAACACAGAAAAUUGCACUGCAAAAACUUGUCAAUCUCUUUUGCCUAAGUAAUGGCCUUGGAUUGGCAUUUCCAUCCUUUUCUUUUUCUCUUCAUCAUUUUUACCCUCCAAUUUUCAUUGACAUCUUCAGUAUCUGAAUCUGAAUCUUUGAUCAGGCUUAAAAAAUCAUUUACCAAUGCUGGUGCUAUUAGUUCUUGGCUGCCAGGCUCUGUCCCUUGCAAUAAACAAACUCAUUGGCGUGGAGUUGUUUGUUUCAAUGGAAUUGUCACGGUUCUUCAGCUCGAAAACAUGGGCCUAUCAGGAACCAUUGAUGUUGAUGCAUUGGCUAAUAUGCAGGGACUCAGAAGCUUAAGCUUUGCUUAUAAUUAUUUUACAGGUACAAUUCCUGCACUCAAUCGUUUAGGCUAUUUAAAGGCUAUAUACUUGAGAGGGAACCAGUUUUCUGGUGAGAUUCCCUCGGAUUUCUUCUUGAAAAUGAAGUCGCUGAAGAAGGUUUGGAUUUCGGAUAACAACUUUUCUGGAGGAAUUCCAUCAUCAUUGGCCGAGUUGUCUCGGCUUAGCGAAUUACAUCUCGAGAACAAUCAAUUUAGUGGGACUAUUCCAUCUAUCGAUCAACCAACCUUGAUGUCAUUUAAUGUAUCAAACAAUAAGCUGGAUGGGGAAAUCCCACCUAAAUUAGCAAGAUUCAAUUCUAGUUCCUUUAGAGGAAAUGAUGGUCUAUGCGGACAAAAAAUCGGUAAAGGGUGUGAAUUGCAAGGAUCUUCAGAACCACCUACCGAUGUUGGGGUAGAUGCCAAUAUGAUGGUUAGCGAAGGCAGCGAUAAUAAAAGAAACAGCGUUACGAAGACAGUCGCAGGGUUAGUAACUCUGGCUGUGUUGCUUGUUUCAAUAAUAGCCGUGGUUAUCUUUAGAAUGUGGCGAAGGGGCAAGGAUUUUGAUGCGAUUGAAAGUAGAAGUAGUGGUAAUGCAGCAGCACUUGAGGUGCAAGUUUCGUUGUCGAAUAGACCGAAGGAAAUGGAAGUUGCCAAAAAGAUGGGAUCAGGCCAUAAAGGAUCUAAUAAUGGCAGGGGUGUUGUAGGUGAAUUAGUUAUUGUGAACAAUGAAAAGAGCGUAUUUGGGCUACCAGAUUUGAUGAAAGCUUCAGCAGAAGUGCUUGGAAAUGGAGUAUUGGGGUCUUCUUAUAAAACGCAGAUGGCUAACGGAGUUGUGGUGGUGGUCAAGAGAAUGAGAGAAAUGAAUACGUUGUCCAAAAGUCAAUUUAAUGCAGAAAUCAGAAAGCUUGGAAGACUGCAUCAUCCUAAUAUUUUGACACCAUUGGCUUUUCAUUAUCGACCGGAUGAGAAGCUGUUGAUCUAUGAUUUCGUGCCCAAAGGCAGUCUGCUUUAUUUGUUGCACGGUGAUCGAGGACCAUCACAUGCUGAACUCAGUUGGUCUGUUCGUCUCAAGAUUGUUCAAGGAAUUGCAAAAGGUUUGGGCUAUCUUCAUACAGAACUUGCUCCCUCUAACUUGCCUCAUGGCAAUCUCAAAUCAAGCAAUGUCUUUCUCAGCAAUGAUAACGAGCCAUUACUUUCAGAAUUUGGAUUAAGUCCCCUGAUUAGCCCUCCAAUGUUGGCUCAAGCAUUGUUUGGUUAUGAAGCCCCAGAAGCAGCGGAAUUUGGCGUAUCACCAAAGUGCGACGUGUACUGUCUAGGAAUAAUCAUUCUUGAAAUCCUUUCAGGAAAAAUUCCUUCUCAAUAUCUCAACAAUGCCAGGGGAGGGACUGAUGUAGUCCAUUGGGUGGAAUCUGCAAUUUCCGAUGGGAGAGAAACUGAUUUUCUUGAUCCUGAAAUUGCAAGCUCAAAAAACUCACUUUGUCAGAUGAAGCAGCUCCAAGGCAUUGGAGCUGCUUGUGUCAAAAGAAAUCCUGAGCAACGGUUAGACAUCACACAAGCUAUUCAACUGAUACAGGAGAUAAAAUUGGAAGAUGGAGACUAUGCGGGCGGGACAACGCAAGUUUUACCAUCACUUCGUGAUGGAUAUGCAGAUGCAUAAUAGACCAGUGUGUCUGAUACUCAAGGAGACAUGGAUCAGGUAGCUCUAAGGAUGGAACUAGAAACCUGAGUCGUGAUCGUUUUUCUUUCCCGGCUUCUAAUUAGAUACUCCUAAGCAGACACAUCAAAUUCUGCUAAACGGAACUCUACUCAAGAAGAGAAAUCAAGUCCAAUUCAAAUUAGGACAGUAAAUUUCAGCAGCAUCUGCAAUGGAAAUGGGACAACAUUCUCGGAAGUUUUGGAACCAGAAGGAAAUGUGAAUGGGAAGAUACAACGCAAAUGCACUAGACUCGUAACUUAAUCACAUAAUGUGUUAGAACUUUUUCUUAUUUUAUUUUUUGGCCAAAGAGUUUUCCUUUGAA